CGAGUGCCGGUGAGCAGCCUCUCAUACGGUCCGGGCCCUCAGCUCAGAGGGUUCUAGAAACGUGCAGUGGUCCCGCAACACCGGCUCUCUGAUCAGGAGCUUCACACAGAAAAACACCGAACAAGAAGAAACCGCUCCGCUCCCCGCUCUGCGCUCCCGCUGAGCUCAGUGAAGAUCCGCUCAUUAGAAGAGCAACGUCUGGAUAAAGGUCGUAGCGCUCGUCAAGCUCGGAGAUGGCCAAGUGGGGAGAAGGAGACCCGCGCUGGAUCGUGGAGGAGAGAGCAGACGCGACUAAUGUCAACAACUGGCACUGGACUGAACGGGAUGCCACCAACUGGUCGUCUGACAAGUUGAAGUCCCUCCUGCUGGGCCUGACUGUGGAGAACGAGGAGGGGGCUUGCGAGGUGACAGAGGUGGGCAAGGUGGAGGGAGAGGCCUCCAUCAACAACCGAAAGGGAAAGCUCAUCUUCUUCUAUGAAUGGACCCUGAAGGCCACCUGGACAGGAACCUCCAAAUCGGGGAUUGUUUACAAAGGAAGCAUCGACGUUCCGAACCUCUCGGAUGAGAACGACAUGGACGACCUGGACAUUAACGUGACCAUGAACAAAGACGAGCCGGAGACGCCCCUGCUGGCGCUGAUGCGGUCCACGGGCGCGGACAGGCUGCGGGUGGUGCUGGGGAGCUACCUGGGCCUGCUCCAGACGGAGUUCACUCAGGGAAUGAUCCUGCCCACGGCCAAUGGUGUGUCCAAGCCCCAGUCCUCCCAGUCCAAGACCAAUCUGGACAAAACACAGAUCUCAUCGGGCACUACGGCCCCCCCCCCUAACACGGGGGUGAAGAUCCCAACCUGCAAGUUCAGCAUGAGGGAGACCUUCCUCACCUCCCCGGCGGAGCUCUACAGGGUCUUCCUCAACCAGGAGAUGGUCCAGGCCUUCACCCACGCUCAGGCCACCGUGGAGCCGGAGAAGGGAGGCCGCUUCCGCCUGCUGGACGGGAACGUUCUGGGAGAGUUCACUGAGCUGGUCCCUGACGAGAGGCUCGUCAUGAGGUGGCGGUACAACACGUGGCCCUGCGAGCACUAUGCGACCAUCUCCCUCACCCUGAGUGACCGGGCGAGCGAGACUGAGCUGAAGGCGGAGUUUCGCGGGGUCCCAACCAACGAGGAGGAGCGGACGCGUCAGGGCUGGCAGAGAUACUACUUUGAAGCCAUCAAACAGACUUUUGGCUUCGGUGCGCGGCUCUACUGAGAAUACCACCCCUUACUGUAGCGCUUACAGUGUACCUGAGUAUUCUGCAGUGUAUGUUAGAUCCGAUGACACGUUUUUAUUUUCCUCUUUUUCUUCUGGAAUAUUCCUGUUGUAUUUCACAACAUUCCCCACGAGCUCCGGGACGGUUGGUAUUUAUAAAAGUUUUAAAGCAGCCAGAAGGGGGCAGUGUUAUGAACUGACCGGGGAUAGUAAAAUUAAACGUAUGCGAUGUGAAGUACCUCUGGAAGUCCACCCAACACCUGAAGAGGGGAGAUUGGUCCAAAUUAAGAAAACGUUUUAAAAAGUGAUUCCUUUGAAAAUAAAUGUUAAUUUUGACUGUAGUGCAGCUGUGGUGUGUGUGGUGUUGUGGGGGGGGGGGGUGGCAGGUCUACAGGAUCUGAUCUUCUCGGUCAGGACCGCCAGCGUUCAUUCCAACGCCUGACUGUACAUAUUAACCCAUAAGGCAGACCUGCUCCAUUUGGCUUUAGAGUAGAGGUGAGGUUGGGCGACUAAAUUAAUAAAUGUAUUCCUCUUGUC